CGCCGUUAUAAAGGAUUGACACCUCUGUAAAAGACCGCAUGCCACGAGCAGCAGUGUGUCCUCCAGCCCAUGGACGGCUAGUUGAUCGGGUGAUAUAUCUUCACAUUUAACAGAUCACACUUCAGAGUUCGAGUAGUGGUGGUAACAGGAUUACAGUGGGUCUAGAAUAUAACAGCACUGGGCUCAGUCACCGCCUUCAAUACACCUGGUUGGUAUUAACGAGUGACUAUAUCGUUGCAGCAUAUGAGGUGCCACUUAAAGCGGAUAGUGUAUGGCAUCUCCUUGACAUGUUUUCUCGUUGGAAUUUGGACGUAUAUAAAAUCGUAUAGCGGAGGCAGGCAGACUGUUUACUUAUACCAAAAUGACGCCCUUGCCGCCUCUGCUGCGGGACUUAAGCUUAUCCUGGUGUACACCGGAUUGCCGGCGGGGAUGCAAGCAGGACAGAAACAAUUCAACGCAGAUGACUGCCCUGUUAAGAACUGCUUCGUGACAGCGGAUAGGACAAUGGCGUCGAAGGCAGACGCCAUCCUUCUAAUGGGCCAGGCCGUCAAACCUUGGCAUCGCAAACCCCGGCACCAGGUGUGGAUCCUGUACCUGCUGGAGUCCCCCCACCACACCCCCAGGCUGGAGGGGCUGAACAACCUAAUCAACUGGACGGUCAGUUACAGGACCGACUCCACACUUAUGGCUCCAUACGGCUCUUAUGUUCCGUAUGGUAAUAUGACUACCGGCCAAGACUUCGCCUUCAACACACCAAUGAAGAAGAAUUAUGCAGCGGGGAAGACUAAGAAAAUCGCAUGGUUUGUCUCCAACUGUGGAGGAGACAGGAACGGUCGGAGACGUUACGCAGAGGAGUUAAAUAAACACAUGCCAGUGGACAUUUACGGGGGGUGUGGCAUUAAGACGUGCUCAAAGGAAGACCCCCAUUGCCUGGAUAUUUUGGACAGGGACUACAAGUUUUAUUUAUCAUUUGAAAAUUCGAACUGCAGAGAUUACAUCACUGAGAAGUUCUUUUUGAAUGGUUUAGGGCAUGACAUCAUACCAAUCACGAUGGGGGGUCGCCCAGACGACUACAAGAGGGCAGCACCUCCGCACUCCUACAUCAACGUGGAUGACUUCAAAAGCCCCAAGGUUUUGGCUGAAUAUCUGCACAAACUCGACAAAAAUGACGAUCUUUACAACGAGUAUUUCCGCUGGAAGAGCUCCUUUCACUCGGUGAACACGUUCUUCUGGUGCCGCCUGUGCAGGAAGAUGCACGAGGUGGGAAAGAGAAAACCCACGUGGUAUAAGAAUCUUGACCAAUGGUGGCGAGGGGAUGGGGUGUGCUCGCCAGGGAGGUGGGAAGAUGGACGCUCCUAUGUAUAAUAUAUAGUCUAGAGGGGAGGGGGUAUGCUGGCCAGGAGGUGGGAAGAUAGACGCUCCUAUGCAUAACGUCCUUGUAAAUAUACUACCACCGGUUCACUUAUUGGCAUGGUAAUCAAAGACUUGCGAACCGAUCUCUUGUGGAGAACAGACUCUUUAUUACUUUAUACUUAAUACACAAAGACGUGGAAGAUUCUUUGUCUCAUCCUCAAAAACAGGUGCUAUCAAAACCAGGUGCUAAAUCCGUCAACUGGGAUGCGGCCGCCACGACCCCUGCAAGUCAGUGUAAACCUCCCGUAGUAGAA